GAUCAAAGAGGCGGGACUUCCCUCCCGGAAGUGAUCCACGUGCUUCCGCCUUCGCCUACCUGGGCACCGGGGAGUCCCCUGUAGGUGCCGAAGUUGGGGACGCUGUGACCGGCCCCUGCCUGUGAACUAGGAGACCAGGCAUUCUCCACGGUUCUGGACUGAGAUGGAUCCGCUCAGGGCCCAGCAGCUGGCGGCAGAGCUGGAGGUCGAGAUGAUGGCCGAUAUGUACAACAGAAUGACCAGUGCCUGUCACCGGAAGUGCGUGCCUCCCCACUACAAGGAAGCAGAUCUGUCCAAGGGCGAGUCUGUGUGCUUGGAUCGGUGUGUCUCCAAGUAUCUGGACAUCCAUGAACGGAUGGGUAAAAAGUUGACUGAGUUGUCUAUGCAGGAUGAAGAGCUGAUGAAAAGGGUGCAGCAGAGCUCUGGACCUGCAUGAGGCCCCAGGCGCUAUACUCUAAAGGCACACCCUGCCCUUUCCUACUUGUCAAAUAAAAAUGCCCCCAUUGGGUGUCAUCUAUAAAACUGCCAAGCCUGGGCUCUCUCUGGAGAGUCUCCGGGAUCCUGGAAUGUGGUAGAGAGCUCUCACUGUCGAAGAAGGGGUCACACUGGAAUGGGACUGUAUAUGUGUGUGUGUGUAACAUAUAUAUAUUAAAAAUAAGUUUGUUGACAUCUUCUGUGUGCAAAGCAGUAUGCCUGGCCGUGGGGAGUGAAGGCGGCAGCAGACCCAGCCUCUACCAGCAAGAGGGUCCAAUGCAGUGUUUGACACUGUGUAUUGUACACCCCAUGUCAGCACUUUGCGGCAUGACCUGGAACAGGUCACUUCACUCUGUUGUAGCUUCAUCUGUCAAAUCGGGGUAAUCAUAGUGCUGUUGUGAGGGUCCAGUGAGUUAGGACAUAUAAAGCCUUCAGAAUAACGACUUGGGCUUCAAAAGUGCUUGGUGGGUACUGGCUUUCUAUGUCUCAGUAACCUGGUCAGUGGAGGCGGGCAGGCACUUUCAAAAGUGAUGUAGAGGAAGGAAUCAGAGGAGAGGGUGAAAAGUAGGUGGACUUAGGAAAGAAGUAGCCACCCUCUGGCUUCUAAAUGCCACUGCGGAGAUGUGUGAAGGGACCCAGCUUGGAGGGUGGUGUGAGUGAUCCAGGGAGGGGGCUGAGUGAUAGUCCCUGCCACUUAGGGGCCCCCUGCCUUAGGGACUGCACGCCUCGCUGCCCACACACUCCUGUCUGAUCCACCAUCUGGGCAAGCAGUCCUGCUAGGAAAGGGAGGCUGAAGGACAAGGUCGCUGGGGGGUCAUGCGAGGCCAUUCACACAGUGGCGAAACCAGGGCUGACAGCAGCAGUUGCCACUUCACUGAGGAGAGGCCGCAGCUUGCUCCUGUCUGCAGGGUGCCUGUUCUGUCCUGGAGAUUUAUGCUGCUGUCAGAUGUGUGGGUCACUCAUUCCCGUGGUUUACACCAGUGUUGCCCAGGAGAGCAGUACCUCAGUGGCCCUCACAGGCGCUGUCUGGGUUUAACUUCACCAGGUCACUGGGCAUGGAGCCAAGGAGACAGAAUAAAGGCAGUGGGUUUAGGGUUUCAAAGUGCCCAUUCAGGCAUGGCAGACCUCUCCUGCCGCCCGCUGCUCCCCUCAGCAGUGUAUUUUAGUCUGUCUGCCUGUUCUGCUCCCCACCCUGUCUCUGAUGAAUCCUCUCACCCUCCCAUGCCUCUGGCCUGUACCCCAGCUCUUGUAUAAAUAAAG